AUGCGGGGGAAUCUGUUUCUGCUCAUUCUGAUGGGUCAGUGUUCAUUCGUUCUGUGUAGGCUCUACGAGUACAACUUCAUUGAUACGGAAACAACCCGGGAAGAAGCCCAGAAGUACUGUAGAGACAACUAUUCAGACCUGGCCUCUGUGUUUGACCAGUCAGAUGUGGAGAGACUCAAAGUUCGAGGUAAUGAAUUCACAGACGAAGCCUGGAUUGGUCUGCACAGCAUCGCUGGAAAAGAGGAACGUAUGUGGCACUGGUCUCUACCUGGGGUGGAGUUCAAUGAGACAAAAUGGCUUAAUGGUGAGCCAAAUGACAAAGGUACAGGUGGGAGGCUUGAGAACUGUGUGGUGAUGGAUGCCCCAGACGAAUGGAAGGAUUUUCCUUGUGCCGAGCUACAACAGUUUGUCUGCUACGAUGAAACCCAGCUGCCCAAUAAAACAUUCCAUUUCAUUGACUACAAACUGACAUGGCUGGACGCUCAGAGCUAUUGCAGAGAAAAUUACACAGACCUGAUAAGUGGAGUCGCACAACUAGAAGAGAAAGAAUUAAUCCACAAGAGGAAGCCUAGAAGUAACAUUUGGAUCGGCCUGUUCAGGGACAACUGGAGGUGGUCAGAUGGAAACAAUUUCUCCUUCAGAAACUGGGAAAGUUUUAAUGACACAUCUGGUACUUUGACAAACAAGUGUGCGACUGUGAAGGAAACAGGGAAAUGGGGCUCUGACACAUGUGAUAAGAGAAAAAAGUUCUUCUGCUAUGACGAUAAAGUGAUCCUGAUCAAAGAAAAUAAGACCUGGGAGGAAGCCUUGUAUUACUGCAGAGACAACUACAAUGACCUGGUCUCCAUCACUAACCCUCACCAGCAGAGAUGGGUUCAAGAGAGAGCCAAGAAGGCCUCAACCCCUUUUGUCUGGCUGGGACUGCGCUACUCUUGCUUUCUGGAUUUCUGGUUCUGGUGCAGUUGUGAGGUAGUCAACUAUAAGAACUGGGCCUCAGAUGAAAGUAAUGACUGUGACAUGUCUGGAGCCAUGGACACAGGAGGAGAACAUCAGUGGGUCAAAAAACAAGAUAACGAGAUGUUUAAUUUCAUCUGUUCUAAGUAA